UGCGCAACUGCAGCAUCAGCAGAAGCGAUGAUGGAGCUCGGAUCCACUUUAACCCCAAACAAACCCAUCUACCUCACCUUCAGCGCUUCACCGGCGUGACCACUAUAGAUCACCUUCUAGACAUUCUGUUUAUUUUGGAUGUGAUCAUCUGUCUGCAUGCUAUUUUGCUCAUGAUGACUUCAACAGACAGUGACUCAUUUUCAGCGGGAUGGGGUAUGUCUGUGUGUUUUGAAGCAUCUGAGGGGAGAUGACUGACUCAGUCCCCACCGUGCUGUGUUCAUCACCAUGGGGCCUGAUGUGCCCCUGCUCAACGACUACAAGCAGGAGUUCUUCUGGAAACGCUUCCCGCAGACUGUCUUGGGGGGGCUGAGGCUGAAACUUGGCUACUGUGCUCCACCGUAUGUGUAUGUGCACCAGCUGGUGUUAUUCCUGACCCCAUGGCUGUUGGGAGGAAUCGGGACCCUCCUGUACCAGCUGAGGGUGCUGGAUGACGCUCAAGCAGGUGUUGUUUCCGGUAUGCUCAUGUUGGGUUUUGCUGCCACCAUUCAGGGACUGGCAAGGUGUAUGGCACGUAGGACAGGGAUGGUGCAAAGGCUGCCAGCUGCCAAUAACAUCCUUGCAGAUGAGGAAGAGGUGGAGUUUACACACUGCGUGGCCCCUGAGACAGUACAGUUUGUGGUGCCAGGAAAGAGGUUUAUGGGAAAUGUAGUGCUGCAUACAUUGCUUGCCGGAGCACUGUGUGGAUUGUCCACCUGGUAUCUGCUGCCAGACAGACUAAGCAGCCUGUAUGGGCACACAGGAGCGGGACGUGGUGCGGUUGUGCCUUUGUUUGCCCUGAGCUGGGUGACUGUCUGUAUUGGGGAGUACUCGCUCAUUGUCAACACUGCUGCCGAAACAGCCACUUUUCAACCGCAGGACACUUAUGAAAUAACACCGCUCACCAGACCGCUCUACAUACUCGCAUUUAUCGCUGUGGACCUGGCUUUGAGGCUUUCAGGAUUUGGUGUGGUGGAAUUGCAGGUAGCAGCCCAGGUGCUUCAUGUGUUGUUUGUGGCCCUCCCAGUGUUUUGGGCUUUGGGAAUGCUAUCACCGCUGGAUGCACUUCUGCUGUGGUCAAUGGAACAGACCUUGGUGCAUGGCUUGGGAGGGUCAGCCAUGUCAACCAACAUCAGGCUGUUGGUGAUGUUUUUUUCAUCUGCGUCUGUUGCCAUAUGUACCUUCUUCAUUCCCUCCUCCCUGGGCGUGGUCCUCUUCACUGUUGCCAUGGGUUACCUCCUCAGCCAGGACCUGACCCAGCUGCUGGUGCUGGUGAAGGGGGGCUCUCCAACUUUGGGUCUGGGCUGGUGCGGUCUUCCUCUUUCCCUGCUGCUCAUAAUAGGGGCCUUGACUGAGGCAGGACUCCUUCAUCAGCUAUACCCCAACUCAGGAAACCUGACAGUAGGUGUGAACUCUAUACAGCAGUGGGCAUCUACUGGGGUACCUCUAUGCCCACAGGAGGUUAUAGGCUGGCUCCUUAUUGCUCUGUUUCUGAUCACUCGUCUGAUGAGAGAGCUCCAAGGAGCAUGUGUGCUGGGAGGCACUAUGCUUAACCCACUUUACCCCAAACGAGUCACUACAGCACAGGCUUUCAGAAGGAAGACACGUGGCCUACGUGUUGCAGGAAUCAUCUGUAGAAUCCUGCUGAAAAUGGUGAGUCCGUUUGCGAUGAUUGCAUUCUUGUCUGUGGAUGAGUCUCUUGAGAAGCUGCACACGGCCUCUCUCGCUAUUGGCUUCACACGAGCAUUCAGAGUGGUGUGGCAAAGCUCUGAGGCUGCUCUGCUUCAGAUGGUUGUGGUGGUGAUCAUCAGAUUUGCCGGGGGACACAGGGUAACACGCUGGCAUGAGCUGGGCACUGAAGUGCAGCUGAUUUUGGUCUCUCUGAUUGUGAAUCGUGUGUCUCAGUUCGUGUAUAAGAUGAGUUUCGCUCUUACGGUGUUGAUCACUUCCUGGACGGAGAGUAAACAGCGUCGUCAGUCAGCAGGCACUCUGCUGGCACUCAACGUGGCUCUGUGUCCUCUGCUACUGGCCGUGGUGGCUCUCUCUGCCCUUCUCUCUGCCCCUCUCCUUCCUCUCUUCACACUACCUGUGUUCCUGGUUGGCUUUCCAAGGCCACUGCGCUCGUGGCCGGGCACCCCGGGCACUUCCUGCCCUUGCCCAGACUCUGUAUAUUAUCAGCAGCUCUGCAAAAGACUGGCAUUGGCUAUCAGACCAGCUCUCGCUAAUGGUGCAUUUGGUUCUUGUUGUCCUGGGUCUCAUUAUCUUGGCCGCUUCCAGGGUCGUCUUCUGUGGAUUUCCAUUCUUGAGAGAGGCUAUGGCUACUGCACUGUCAAUAUAAAGGGUUUGGAACUACAGGAAACAUCGUGCCACACAGUGGAGGCUCGGCGAGUGGAUGAAGUUUUUGAAGGAGCAUUCGAUCACGUGGAACGUCCUGGCCAGUGUUUCCAACUAUUGAACCCUAACUGGGGUAAUGUCCUAACCCCCUGUUCAGUGUUACCCGUCAGGGUUUACUCUGAUGCCCAAAAUGUUCUAACAGGCAUCAUUGACUCGCCUGACCACCUACGUCAGCUAAACUCUGACUUUCUUAAAACACUUGUCUGGAUUUUGUUGCGCUACUGUGUACAGGAAGUAACUUGCGGUGCUUACCAAAUUAAAAGUCAGUCUCUACAGACCUCUGGACGUAAGUCGCAAAGCUCCCAGCAUCCCGUUCCCACAGAGCCAGGUCCGUCUGUGGUUAAAGUUGGCAUGGACUCUCAAGUGCGUCCUGAAUCCUCCUCUUCCUCUCAUUUGAGGGUGCAGGACAGUUCCAGCCUCUCAUCCUUUGCUGACUGGUCAGAUGAGGACGAUCUUUUUGGCCCAGUGCCUGUGCAGCGGCCGAUGAGAAUGAUGAUGCGGACAGAUGAAGGGCAUACAGAGUUGGGGUUGGGAGUGUCUCUGCCAGGUUCUGUAGAAAUCCACAGCCUGUAUGAGAGCAUGGCCCUGUCCUCUCUCCCCACCCUCAGGCCUUUGGGUCUGGGUUUGGGGCUUGGCCUGCCAAUCGUGGAUAAAGGGAAAGAUAACUUCCCUGCUCUCACUUCGACCACCAUCCCGUGCAAUUCCCAUCCUCUCCACUUCACAAGCCCUCACUCAGAUCACUUUUCUCUGCCCAUGGACUGGCGGACCACCCCCUUAUCUUCCUCCAGGCUCCAGGUUCUGCGACCCUGCUUCCCCGAGGCCUGGUUCUGCUUCUGUUUGUCCCAGCUGGUGGUGGAGGGAUUUGGGGAAAAAGACUUUGAGCAGGUGACACAGGGUUUGCAGGAGGACCAUGCCCUGAAGGAACUAUAUACCCAGGUGGUGCUGUCAUGUUGUGUGGCGCUGGGGGCAGAUGCUCAGGUGUUCAGCCCCAAUCUGCUGUUCAGGCUGUACUGUGGGGACGGCCCCUGGACCGAGGGUCUUGAGUGGCUCCGAGCCAAUAAAGAGCUGCAUCAGCUCACACUCAGGGCUUUCAGGUACAGUGUAAAACUGUUGGUAGACCAGGCAUCUCUUGGUCCAGUAGAGAGUCUGGAUGAACUCUACACAACUUUACAGGAUUACCAUGACAACUGGUUUAUUGGCCUGGUAACUGACCACAGCUGGCAAGACAAUGUUAUACAGGAGAAGCCCUUCCUAUUCUCUCUCGGACAUGACCUCACCAUGGGGACAUAUACGAGCCGUGUGUUGUCUCUGCAGGAGAAUCUUGUUCAGGUGGGAGUUCUGAAUGAAGAGGGUGUGAGGGGCCAGUGGGCCAACCUGUCCUGGGAGUUGCUUUAUGCCACUAAUGACGAUGAGGAGCGGUACAGCAUUCAGGCCCACCCUGUGAUGCUGAGAAACCUGACUAUUCAAGCAGCUGAUCCACCACUGGGAUACCCCAUCUACUCAUCGCUGCCCAUACACUUAGGCUGUUUAUGAUCUUCACUUUUGGUCUAAUUU